AUGGAUUCGGGAUUUCGUAAACCUAAAGUAAGAAGUGCUUCAGAUUUUGUAUAUCAUUAUUCAAUGAGCAGCACGUGUAGAUGGAUUCAGGAUCAAAAGCACGCCAAUCCUGAAGUACAAAACUGCAGAUGGAGAUUAGUGAGCAACACAGUGAACCAUCAACAUAUUCAAACCAAUCAUCACAAUCAUAGGUCAGCAGCCAAAUCAAUAUUUGAGUCGAAAACCACUAGCAGAAGUACUUCUCGAAUUCAUAACAAUGCAGCUGUUAUAAAGUCAUCGAAACAUCAGAAAAAACGACUUGCAAUUGAAAGGGCUAAAACAGCAGAUAUCAAAAUUCCAUAA